UCUGGUACUGAGUGAUGGGUACCAUGAUUAGUGACCUGCUAUCCUGAAAUUCCCACCACACCAAUCACUGUAUUUGCUGUAAGCACAGCACUUUAUUUAUUCACGAUACCUAGACUUCUGGCCAAUCUAGAAAGAUUGGAGAACUUUGAAGAAACGAUCCAGUUCUUGCAAUAGUUGUCGACUGAUAUUUUGGGAACUAGUAUUGUCGCCGGAGUGGAUCAAAUCAUGGCAGAGGCAGAAUCAGAGUUCCAGGUUCUUCAGGAAAUCUACGGGGCUGAUUUCGUGGCUCUCUCCGAUGCGGAGUGUACGAUUCGCCUGGCCGAACCAUGGAGGAAAGUCGUGUUAUUGAUAAAUGUGCAAGAUUCCUAUCCGGCAACACCAGCCAAGGUGACGCUUGCCGACGAUGCCAGCGAACAGUUGAGCCCUGAGUCGGCCAUUGCUCUGCUGGACUUUCUUGAGGCUACGUCGGCAGAGCAUGCUGGAGAGACCGCACUUUUCACCGUCGUUUGCGAAGCACAGGAGUACUUGUCAAGCCAGGAGCAAGCGAGUGGAGCCACAGCGUCUGCACCCCCCACCCAGUCAGCUAGUCAGGCAUCGACGGUGAGUUCGAAGAGCCAUGCUGACGCACCCGUAGUUGCCAAUGCCACCAGUGAUGGAGCUGCUUCUAGCAACGUCAAAGCUGAAUCGACCACAUCACAAUUGACUAGUACCGCGUCACCGUCCGAGCCUGUUCCACUGCAAAGUGGUACACCAGCGGUGUGCAGGUUUUUCAAGAAGGGACAGUGCAAGUUUGGCGACAGCUGUCUCAAUCUUCACCCCGGCGCCGUCGGCAAGAAAUCACGUGCUGCAAGUGCAGCUACCACUACCACCACUGCAGCAGCAGCAACACCGGCUUCAAACUCAUCUGAAAUGACAGCAACAGAACCAAGUGCGCCGGGCAAAGGCUCGUCGGCGUCGGCAGAGGGAGGGAAGAAGACACCGAUGCGGCAGGUCGUCGAUGUUAUCCACCGCAUACAGUGGGAUGACGACCUGCCGACAGAGCACUUCAAGAUCGGCUAUCUGGACCGCUUUGUUGGCAUUAUCGAGAAACCGUUUGCAGCCUUCUCCUGGGAAGACCUGGCAUCAGUAGAUUCCAGAACCGUACUAGCUGUACCCAAGCACCGCUUCCAGUACAUCAAGUACCGGGACGAGAUCGUCUGGGACAAGCGCGUACAGUUGGACAACUUCUUCGGCUCUCGCGGCGACGGCACAACUAUCGCCGAUGUGCUAAAGCGACACGCGUCCAACGCACCGAAGCCAGCCGUAUCAGCCGCCGCAUCUAGCUCCGGAGAAGCGCAGCUAACGUUUGAGGAUGAUUUAGAUGAUGACGGCGAUGAAGGCGAAACCAGCAAGACGACAAUGUCGCAUCGCACCGGGCCGCUGCGACCGAAUUUCUUCGUCGGCAUCCGCGUGACCGAGGCGGAGAUUGUAGCGGCCGCCGAAACGGUUCAGCAAAGCAUUGUGGCUGGUGACCCGCGUCUCGCUGACGGUGUGCUAUCCAGCACUGCCCUGCACGUCACUGUCUGCAUGUUGAGAAUAGCAUCGGCCAAGGAUGCUGACCGGGUCAAGGCUGUGCUGACCGCCAACCAGAAGCACUUCAUGGCGCUGUUCUCCUCCGGCGGACUGCGAAUCAGCGGCGUGGGCAACUUCCGCGGCCGCGUGGUGUUCGCGUCCGUGGAGCUGACGCCCGAGCUGGCGCGUCUCAACCAAGUCCUGCUGCAGGUGCUGAGCGAGGCUGGUGUGGCGACGCCGGGUAAUCACGAGGGCUUCACGCCGCACAUGACUCUUGUCAAGCUGAGUCGACCGAUGUGCCGGGCCAUGGGCGAUGGCGCGCACGUAGAGCCAGCACUCUACGCGCAGUUCUCGGACCUGGAUUUCGGCCGCCAGGCGGUCGACUGCCUGCACGUGUGUUCCAUGACCGAGCCAAAGUCGGCCGUGGACGGAUUCUACGUGCGUAUGACAACGGCCAGCCUUGGUCUCGCUAUACUUGUGCCAUCACUGCUGCAGUGCCUGCAAAUGCGAAUUGAGCGCUUGCGUGCCGCCAACGCCCUGUCUGCAGAUGUGGCCGCUGACAUGCUAGCUGCCUUGCAGGCCACAGGAGAUGCUCGAUUGGAGCAGCACAGCCGCCUUGUCAAACAUCUCAUGCAGCUGUCCCUGGGUGGAACAGCAGCACAAGGCACGUGGCGCUUUCUGCCCGGGGCCACUUCAGGGACGAGUACGACGGCUUCAACUGCACCCGUCGCCGGAUGCGUAUACGUUCUGCGCGGGCUGCCGGGCUCUGGGAAGUCGCGCUUAGCCGAGGCACUGCGCUCGCAGCUUGGCCAGCAGGGAGCAGUGCGUGUGUGUUGCGCCGACGAGUACUUUGUCUCCAGCGGUGGAACUGGAGAGCGCGAUGUGGAUAGCAGCGCGGAUGCCAGUGCAACUACGGCACGACGCUACGACUUCAGCAGCCAGAAGAUCCGAGAUGCUCACACGUACUGCCUGGACCUGUUCAUGGAGGCUCUGAAUGCCGGCAUCGGCAGUGUCAUCGUCGACAACACUCACGUGCAGCGCUGGCAGUACACCGCCUAUCUGCGAUUGGCGGCAAUGUGCGGCUACGACGCGCGCAUCGUGCAGCUGUCGUGCGGGGACGCGGAGAUGGCGCGACGCUUCUGCGAGCGCGGCCAGCACAAGGUGCCACUGCCGGCCGUACUGCGUAUGUUUGAAGUGUGGGAAGAGGAUAGCAGCGGUCUUACGGUUCAACCAGUGCUGAAGCCUAGUGAGUCGUUGGACGUCAGCAGCUUUACUGCCAACUCUGCUGCUGCCAGUGCACCUCAACUGCCCAGCACUUUCUUCGCGGCCAUCUUCAUGAGCCAGCAGUCCCGUCGUCAGCUGCUGCGCGCCUAUCCGCCGACUCAUUUGGACAACGUUCCCGAGGCGCUGCACGUGACUCUCAUCUUCCAGCCCACCGUUGAGCAGGCGGUGGCAUUGCCCCUGGGUAAGACCGUGACGGUGACCGUGCGAGGGUGCGCAGAUGACGGCCGCAACCAGGCGGUCAGCGUGCGCAUACUGGGCGACGCAGUCAAGUCGGCUAACGCCUGUCCGCACAUUACCAUCUCCUUCACCAACAAGUCCCUGGCGAAGUACUCUAACGACAUGCUGGAGCAAUGGCUGGCCAGCGGCAAGCCUCUGCAGCACACACGCGAACUCCUCCUGUCCGGUACUGUGGGCUGUAUGAUCACCACGCCACCGUUCGAUGAUCUGUCGGUGAUCACGGACAGCGAGCACCUGCGCCGUGUGCUGACCACUCCGCCGCCGAGAACAGCCAGCCCAGCCGUGCUCAGCGAGACGGCCGAAGCUCGGCAUACCGUGGAGACAAUCUACAUCUACGACUUUGACGGCACGCUCUUGGAUACAGUGGGUCCCACCGAGGGUACAGCGCUGUAUGAGAAGCUGACCGGGACGAAGUGGCCCGAACCGGGCUAUCUAGCCUACCCACAGUCUCUGCAGCCGCCGCUACCGCUCAGACCCGGUCCGUUGAUGCGCUCGUUCCGCCAGCACAGCGGUCGUCCUCACACCGCCAUGGUGGUUCUGACCGGUCGACAGGCGGAGACGAUGUACGAUGCCGUUGCCGCUGUCCUGCGCCAGUUCAACGUGGUACCCGACCAGCUGAUCUGCCAGCCGUUUGAGAGUCCGCACACUGCUUCCUACAAAGAAGAGGCCAUCGUCAACCUAAUUGCAAAGCACGGCCACCUGAAGAAGAUAGUCUUCUACGACGAUCUGCCGGAGAAUCUCGCAGCCUGCGAGCGACUGACGAAGCGCUACCCGGCGUUAGAGUGGGGCAUCGUUGACGCCUCGACUCACGAGGCGCCGGCAAAACGCUACAAGGAUCCGCUCAGCCACUUUGUCAAGGCCUACGGCUCACUGGCAAAAGGUCCUUUCCGUUCCGCCGUUUCUGCCGUGCUGGAGUUUCUCUCUACCGCCUGGGCUAGUCUGCUGACGGAUGCAACUAGCGAUGGCGGUGGAUUCGAUGAGCAGCAGGCCUGCCGCCUGGUGAUCCCGUUUGGCUCGGUGGUGCUGGGCCGCUGCAGCGAUCUUGACCUGUGCGUCGUGGCGUCGUCGGACAUGCGUGCCGACCACAUGGAGUGGAUGAAGCGCAUGGCCGGCCACCUAGAGCAGUGCGGACUCGAUCGCGUGCACCGAGGGUUCUCAUCACGAUGCCCUCGUCUGCGCUGCGUUGUGCCGCUCUCCACGCACGCCCCUAUCGAAGUUGACAUUGUCUUUGCCAUCCUGCCGCCUCCAUCUUUCCAGAAGCUCAUGUCAGCCGAGUACUCAGAGUUGCCGUCGAUUGCCGAUAUGUUUUCGUGCAUCCCGAAGGCGGACACGGCAAGCCAUAUCGCUCUAGGCGGCCCGUUGUUCGCAGAGGAAGUCCUGGCGGUUGUCAAUGAGAAAUGCUCCAUGAAGGUCUUCUCCGCCGUCACUGAGGCCAUUGUGCUGUUGUUGAAGGCCAGCAACGUCAAGUCCAAUGCCUUGCACUACCCGCGCACCUUCCACAUGGUCAAGCUGCUGGCGCAGAUUGUUGCUUCGGCGCCGUCGGACCAGACCGGCUCAGUCACAAAGCUGUUCAGUGCGUUUGUGCGCAAGGCCAGUUCAAUGGGCAAGGCUCAGUGGAGCAAGCUGUGCCGAGAGUUCGUGCCCGAAGCCUACUAUCCUGCCUUGGAGGAGAUGAUGGGCAGCAUGCAGGCUGUCUUGAAGCGGCCACAGGACGUCACACUGGAUACAUUCGUGACGGCUUUCUCGCCAGAGAAACCUCGGCUUGCCCUGCUGGACGGUGGCUUUGCAGCUCAUCUGGCUGUAAGUGCGCGCAACGGUCAGCUGCCGUCCAGUGAGCAUGUCUGGAAGGCCAGUGUUCUUCUGGAGGCACGGUUUGGCACGUUUGUGCGCGCCCUGCUCGACCGUGGCUUCCUUUUCCAGCCGGAUUGUCGACCGGUGAUUUCCAAUCUGCUACCAGGACACUCUGAUAGGUCCAUUGUCCUGAUCAGGUUCGCCGGCAAAUGCCUCAACUCCACCUUGGAUGCGCGCGCUACAAUGCAGUCGGAGCUGACCCCACUGCUGUCGGAGAUCUCAGGCGUUCUCCCUGACGGCUUCCCACUGCUCUUGACCUUUGACUCCUGAACUACUAGCUCCACUCUCGCAUCACCGAAACCAACAGCACUUGUGCUACUGCCCGGGUGCAGACAAGGUGUACGUCAAAUCAUGAUGAUUAGAAUCAUGGCUUUGGUCGUCAUAAGAUUCUUCAGCUGUAUGCUCCGCUGUGUAUCGCGCAUAAUUCUGUCACAGCCUCCGACUAGUGCGGCAUGCAAUGGAACAUCGCAAUGGUACGUGUGCUGCUCCAUGUUUUCCAUUACAUGUAUAUACGUUUUCGAAUUGCAGGACCAGAACUUUCAUUGAUGGAAAUGAUCCACUGACACUAUUUCUCCUUAUUCCCUUAUUUUAUUAUACCCGUCAUUUUGCUCUAACUCCGUACCUGGCCAUGUUCUUGUGUAGGAAGAUGUAUAUUUGCUUAGCUUCACUUCGGUUUAUUUUUCUUCAGCCACCCCACCACAACUGCGCUCUCCAGCCGAAUGCUGCUGGUGCUGCUUACCCCUUAACCACUUCCGUUUAGUUGAGUUACUUGCCCUGUCUGUCACCUCCGUUUCACCGCCUGCCACCGCGCGUGUAAGUUACACGUGCAUGGAACAGGAUUUCUCAUUGUCACUUUCCCCUGCUCUGGGCACUUGUCCCGUCUCACUGCUGAGAAUAGUGUUUUUACAUUUGUACUUUUUUGAAAUCCCCUUUUCAAUUUUCAUUUUCUCCCGUCGUCUAAUUAAUAUUUUGUCACGAUGCCGGGUUGAGCAAGAAUUCGCAAAUCUGUCAAACGCCUUUAUGUCUCCAGCUGUGUAUGUUGUCAGUUCUACUCUAAGAUACUUUCUCUGAGAGCUGGGCUCCCGUUUCGGCUGCAGGUGCAAGUGCUGCUGCCGUAAAUUAUGUCAUAUCUAUUUUUAAAUUAUUGUGUUGUAUUUUAGAUUUUGUUUAGCAAAACUCACUGUCACUUUGUAAAAAAACCUCAAAACUUACUUUGUAGAUGACUUAUUGGUUUUUUGAAAUUGUACUAUAUGGCCCUGCUAAUUUCUCAUGAUACAGUCAUAGGUUUAUGUGUAUAGGUUUAGGUUGCCCUGCUGGUGGCAGUGUAUGAACAUAUUGAUUAUUGCGCUAUUUCUGGGACGCAUGGUUUUCUCCUUCACCUUCUCUGCUUGUUUUCUGCUGUGAUGGAGCAACGA